AUGGAACGCAAUCCAAAGGACUCUAUGAAGUCCACCUGGCGGCAACUCGCCCGCUCAGAGUGGACUCUCUUCCACUGGUUCUACGAACUACUUGGCAUCCACCCCGAACAUCUCGACAAAAACGUCCCAGUCCACCUGAAAGAGGACGCAGUCCCAUACGUCCCAGACUGGUCGAUGCACCGCUGGGUCCUCACGCACGCCGUGAUUCCCCUGCUCAUCCACCACGCCUAUGUGGUAAUCACCGGCCACAACCUCAGCGCCUGGGGCGCUUUCAUCCUAUACAGCCUAGCCUUCAAAGGCAUCGCCAUCCACGAGCUCCACGUCCUCCGCCGCCUAGGCCAUCAACACGGCUUCCUAGACGGCGACAAGCACGCCCGCGAUGGCGUCCCAGACGUCGGCGUCGCAAAGGUCGUCCGCUCAUUAAUGUCAACCUCGACCUUCCGCCCUAUGUUCACAGUCUUCCUAGCCUACCGCUCAACGCACGAACCAUCAACCAUGAGCUUCGCCUGGCUACCCCUUGAAGUCGGCCUCUACGGUAUCAUCCUCGACUUCUGGUUCUACUGGUACCACCGUUUGAUGCACGACGUCGGCGCGCUAUGGAAAUACCACCGCACCCACCACCUUACCAAGCACCCGAACCCACUCCUCACUCUAUACGCCGAUACCGAGCAGGAGUUCUUCGAUAUCCUCGGUAUCCCUGUGAUGACCUACUUCACCAUGCGGUUCAUGGGUAUGCCCAUGGGUUUCUACGAGUGGUGGAUCUGCCACCAGUAUGUCGUGUUCGCCGAGUUGGCGGGCCACAGUGGUCUACGUGUGCAUGCUACCCCGCCUUCGACGCUUAGCUUUGUGCUGCGCUGGUUUGAUGCUGAGCUUGUGAUUGAGGAUCAUGAUUUGCAUCAUCGGAAGGGCUGGAAGAAGAGUCAUAACUAUGGCAAGCAGACGAGGCUUUGGGAUCGGGUUUUCGGUACUUGUACUGACCGGAUUGAGUCGGUUGAGCAUAAUAUUGAUUAUGCCAACGCUUCGCCUAUGCCGUUGUAUUGA